CUGGCUGCCACCUUCAUUCGCACCACCCAAGGAAACUGAAGUUCCUCUCACAAGAACUGAAGUUUCUCAGACACCCAAAAGAUCAAACAUGGAGAGAUCCCCAAGCUUCUUCUUCUUCUUCUUCUUCUUGUGCUCUGUGCCAUGCUUGCUUACUUUCUGCUAUGCUCACCCUGUUGAGAACUAUCUCUACCCUCAGUUCUAUGAGAAGUCAUGCCCUCAUCUCCAAGAGAUAGUCAAGGCCGGCGUCGCCCGGGCCGUGGCUCGUGAGACCAGGAUGGCUGCCUCCUUGCUCAGGCUCCACUUCCAUGACUGCUUUGUCAAGGGCUGUGAUGCAUCUGUUCUUUUGGACGGCGUUGACGGCAUAAUCACUGAGAAGAUAUCGAACCCAAACAGGAACUCGGCCAGGGGAUUCGAAGUGAUUGAUGAGAUCAAGGCUGAGGUAGAGAAGGCAUGCCCUGAAGUUGUCUCCUGUGCGGACAUUCUCACUCUUGCUGCAAGAGACUCAACUGUUAUCUCUGGUGGACCAUACUGGGAGGUGCCAUUGGGCAGGAGAGACUCUCUUGGAGCAAGCUUGAGCGGAUCAAACUACAACAUCCCAGCUCCAAACAGCACCAUCCAGACCCUCAUCACCAAAUUCAAACUCAAGGGCCUUGAUCUCGUCGAUUUGGUCGCUCUUUCUGGGAGCCACACAAUUGGAUUCUCCAGGUGCACCAGCUUCAGGCAGAGGCUCUACAACCAGUCCGGCAACGGCGAGCCCGACUACACACUUGAUCAAGGCUAUGCCGCCCACCUCAGGUCAGGCUGCCCCAAGUCCGGCGGCGACAACAACCUCUUCCCACUGGACUUUGUCACCGUGGCGAAGUUCGACAACUUCUACUACAAGAACAUCAUUGAAAAGAAAGGGCUGCUCAGCAGUGAUGAGAUCCUCUUCACCCAGAACAAGGAGACCAUGGAGCUUGUUGAGCUCUAUGCUGAGAACAAUGAGAAGUUCUUUGAGCAGUUUGCCAAGUCCAUGAUCAAGAUGGGGAACAUCACUCCCCUCACUGGCUCAAUGGGUGAGAUCAGGAAGAACUGCAGGAGACUAAACCAUGCCCAUUACUAGAGAAACAAGGGGAAUUUCUUGGUUUAGUUUGGUGUGUGUGUUUGUAUGAGAAUAAUGUAUGCUUUCUUUCCAUUUGUUCUAGAGAGGGAGAGUUGUCUAGGAUUCUCUUGUUGAUGUUCUUUUUAAUUGUGUCUAGUCUUUAUUUGGUGUUUGAUGGGAGUAAUGCCGAUUCUUGCUCCCAUUGUCUCUUGAUUUAUCUGUAAUGAAAGGUUGGUUUGGAAUUUGGCAUCAAAAGAAGAUGUUAGGCUUGCGAAUUGUAAUGGUGAUUAUGAUCUGUAAUGAAGAUUUUAUCACAUUCGAUCUUUCAA